GCAUUCUGAAAUAUAUUCAGGCACACGAAGACAGCCUUUUGGGUCCUGAAGGUCCAUGUGACGCACGAGCAAUCCCUCGGUCCUCGGCUGGCAAAACGUGGACAACGUUUCUUCACGGUUUGAGGAUUCACCAGUCUACACAGAGAUCAAUGUUUUAAACUGAGCUGCAGGACAGAUUACCAACCAUGGAGUACAUGCAAGCUCCUGCCACGAACAGCCAGGGGAACAUCCUCUGUUGUACCUGUGGUGUCCCCAUUCCCCCAAACCCAGCCAACAUGUGCGUAGCCUGCUUGCGGACUCGGGUGGACAUUUCAGAGGGAAUCCCCAAGCAGGUCACAGUGCACUUCUGCAAGCAGUGUGAACGGUAUUUGCAGCCACCAGCUACAUGGAUGCAGUGUGCUCUUGAGUCGAGGGAGUUGCUGGCCCUUUGUCUGAAAAAACUGAAAAGCUCUAUGACUAAAGUGCGUCUCAUCGAUGCUGGUUUUCUGUGGACAGAGCCUCACUCCAAGAGGAUUAAAAUGAAACUGACCAUCCAGAAAGAGGUGAUGAACGGCGCCAUCCUGCAGCAGAUUUUCGUGGUGGAGUUUGUCGUCCAGUCCCAGAUGUGUGACGACUGCCACCGCGUGGAGGCCAAAGACUUCUGGAAAGCUGUGGUUCAAGUCAGGCAGAAGACCGUUCACAAGAAGACCUUCUACUAUUUAGAGCAGCUGAUCCUAAAACAUAAACUCCACCAGAAUGCCCUCAACAUCAAAGAAAUUCAUGAGGGCAUCGAUUUUUACUACGGGUCCAAGCAGCACGCUCAGAAGAUGGUCGACUUCCUGCAGUGCACAGUUCCCUGCAGGUGUAAAGCAUCCCAGCGUCUCAUCUCCCACGACAUCCACUCAAACACGUACAACUAUAAGAGCACUUUCUCUGUGGAAAUCGUUCCCGUGUGCAAGGACAAUGUUGUGUGCUUGUCACCACGGCUGGCCCAGAGCCUGGGGAACAUGGGUCAAGUGUGCGUGUGUGUCCGUGUCACCAGCACCAUCCAUCUCAUCGAUCCCAGAACUCUGCAGAUUGCUGAGGUGGAUGGAAACACUUACUGGAGACACCCCUUCAACAGUCUGUGUAACCCACGGCAACUGGAAGAGUUCAUUGUGAUGGACAUGGACAUCAUCAGAGACCAGAAGCUCGGUGCUGGAGCUGGAGUGAGGUCCAACAAGCACACCCUGGCUGAGGUGUGGGUCCAGAAGACGUCAGAGAUGGACACGAGCCAGCAGUAUCACUGCCGUACCUUCCUGGGCCACCUGCUGAACAUCGGAGACCUGGUUUUGGGAUAUGAUUUUGCCAAUUCCAACAUUAACGAUGAAUUCCUUAACAAGAUGAACCCUCAGCAUGUUCCUGAUGUGGUGUUGAUUAAGAAGAGCUACGACCGCAGCAGGAGAGUGAAGCGCAGAAACUGGAAACUCCAGGAGAUGAACAGAGACCGGGAAGGUGCAGACACAGAUGAUGAGAGGCAAUACCAGGACUUCCUGGAAGACUUGGAGGAAGAUGAGGCUCUAAGAAGGAACGUCAACAUCUACAGAGACGCAUCCAAGAUCCCGGUGGAGAGCGACACAGACGACGACGGAGCGCCACGCAUCUCUUUGGUGGAGAUGCUGGAAGAGCUCAGCCUGUCGGACGCCACGGGAGGAGAGGGCGCCGACAUGAUGACAGAGUAGCCCUUACCUCAGUGCACGUGCAGAUUUAUCCGUUUUGGCUGAUGGCACAAUAACAGCAACUUAAAAUAAAUUGAAGUCUGAAUUGACAUUUAUCUAAACAAACACGUUUACUGAUCCACAGAAUAUCUGACUUUGGUGUACUAACAUUUAAGCUUUGAAUGAUUAGUUUAAUGGUUAGAAGUGCAUAAUUACAGAGAAAUUUCAGUCUUUUUGAUCUGAAAAUGUAUUUCUGACUUUCUUGUAUAGAAUAAAUUCAUCUUUGUACCAAAGAAAGUACAAAUUCAGUGGCGCUCAUCUGUCAAUAAAUAAUACAACGCUUAAAUAAA